AUGCAAAAAACAUGCUCAUUUCUUGCUUUAAUUCUCAAUUUUUCUAUAUUUUCCAUAUCAUCAUCUAUCUUGACUUCAUCAAAUGAUGGAAUAUGUGCAGGUGCAACAUGGAAUCCUAACGGUAUUACUGUUGCUGGCAGCAAAACACAAGGAUCUGAAUUGAAUCAACUUGCAUAUCCCGAAGGAUUAUUUAUUGACGAUGACGGUUCAAUAUUUAUUGCGGAUCGCGAUAACCAUCGUGUUAUUAAAUAUGUGCCCGGUUCUUCGCAUGGUCAAAUAGUUGCUGGUGGAAAUAAACCAGGAAAUAAUAGUAAUCAACUGAAUACUUUGACAAAAGUUGUUGUUAGUCAAGAUGGAACAAUGUUUAUCUGUGAUCGUGAAAAUCAACGUGUUCAACGUUGGUCGAAGAAUGCUAAUCAUGGAGAAACAAUUAUGAAAAACAUCACUUGUUGGGGUUUAGCUUUAGAUAUCGAAGGAUCUUUAUAUGUUUCUGAUAUGGCAGGACAUCGUGUAAUGAAAUGGCCCCAGAAUCAAAUCGUCGCAGGUGGUAAUGGGAAAGGUAAUGCGUUGAAUCAGUUGGCAAAUCCUUAUCACAUAUUUGUUGAUCGAGAACAAUCAAUAUUUAUUGCUGAUAAAGGCAACAAUCGUGUUCUGCAAUGGAAAAAAGGCGAAACUCAAGGAACGGUUAUCGCUGGUUUUAAUGGUUAUGGAAAUGGUGUUGAUCAAUUGUACCGACCUUAUUCCGUUGUUAUCGAUCAAAUGAAAACGGCCUAUGUCCUUGAAUACAUUAAUUUACGUGUAACACGUUGGCUUAAAGACGAAAAAUCAAGCAGUAUUAUCAUAGGUGGACCCGGCUUCGGUAGUGGAUCGAAUCAAUUAUAUUUUCCACGUGAUUUAGCAUUUGACCGACAAGGAAAUUUAUAUGUAGCUGAUGGAAAUAAUCAUCGUAUACAAAUGUUUUCAAUCAAUAAGAGUGCCUGUCAGUAA